AUGGUAAUACCACCGUGGAUAAUUAAUCCAUAUGGUGACAUAGAAGAAACGAAUGUCAUAAUACAAGAGCAACUGACUGAACUAAGUACAAACGAAGAACUUAAGGUUCAGUUUAAAAACGGAUAUCAGCAAUUCUGGCUGCAUAACAACAUACCCGUUACUUAUCCCGUAUUAUGGAAUAUAGCGAGGAAAUUUUUAAUUUCCUUUCCAUCGUCAUACCUAGUGGAAAGGGCGUUCAGCGCUGUUACCAAUCUCCUAACGAAAAAAAGGAACAGACUGGACAUCAUUAGCCGAGGAGAUUUAAGAUUAACCCUUACAAAAUUGACGCCAAAUGUUGAUAAUUUAUUAUUAAAGCAUCAGUACCCCCAAACAUAGUGGAUCGAGAAACAAGUUCUGACAUGGUGGUUCUAGAAUCUACAAAUGUCAGUAUCUCGUGCAAGGCGACAGGCUACCCGGAAGCGUUCAUCAUGUGGAGAAGAGAAGACGGACAGGACAUCAGAUACAAUGGAG